GGUUUUUUUUUUUUUUUUUUUUUUUUUUUUUGGUACUCAGAUGGCCGGGGGGCAGUGCUGAGUUCAGACUGUUCGUGCAGCCCGAAGCGCUGGGAAGCUGCCGCGAACGUUCGCUUCUGGUCACGGUUCCCGGAACUCACGGGAGGCUCAAGAGUUGCCGCUUCCUGCUAGUUCCUGCAGGUUCCUCCUCUGCCCCCGGUUUCUUCCCCGCGCCACCUCCGGACACCUCCCCGUCCCCCACCUCCGCCCCCCUCAAGUCCCUGACACUCCCAGACUCAAACUAUGAGCCUUCGGAAGCUGCUGUUGCGCUUGCCCGGUUAUCUUGGGGCGUCGGGUCCCCCGCGUCGGUUGUGGCGGUUCCCGGCGCUCGGUCCCGUCUCCUCGGUGGGCUCCGGGCGUGAGCGGCCCUCUAGGUCCCCGGCCCACUGGAACCAAGUGGUGUCAGAGGCGGAGAAGAUUGUGGGCUACCCCACGUCCUUCAUGAGCCUCCGCUGCCUGCUGAGCGACGAGCUCAGCAACAUCGCUUUGCAGGUGCGGAAGCUGGUGGGGACCCAGCACCCUCUGCUUACCACGGCCAGCGGGCUGGUACAUGAUAGCCGACAUAACCUCCAGUUGAGGGGCUUGGUGGUGCUACUUAUUUCUAAAGCAGCUGGGCCCAGCAGCAUGAAUGCUUCAUGUCAGAACUAUGACAUGGUCAGUGGGAUCUAUUCAUGUCAAAGAAGUUUGGCAGAGAUCACAGAACUUAUCCAUACUGCUCUCCUCGUACAUCGUGGGAUAGUAAAUUUAAAUGAAUUGCAAUCUUCUGAUGGAGCACUGAAAGACAUGCAAUUUGGAAAUAAAAUAGCUAUCCUGAGUGGAGACUUUCUUCUAGCAAAUGCCUGCAAUGGACUAGCUCUGCUACAAAAUACCAAGGUUGUGGAACUUUUAGCAAGCGCUCUUAUGGACUUGGUCCAAGGAGUAUACCAUGAAAAUUCUACUUCAGCAAAGGAAAAUCAUAUCACAGAAGAUAUUGGAAUAUCGACUUGGAAGGAGCAGACUUUUCUCUCCCAUGGUGCCUUAUUAGCAAAGAGCUGCCAAGCUGCCAUGGAAUUAGCAAAGCAUGAUGCUGACGUUCAGGAUAUGGCAUUUCAGUAUGGGAAGCACAUGGCCAUGAGUCAUAAGAUAAAUUCUGAUCUCCAGCCUUUCAUUAAAGAAAAGACAAGUGACUCCGUGACUUUUAAUCUAAACUCAGCUCCCGUGGUCUUACAUCAGGAGUUUCUUGGAAGAGAUUUGUGGAUGAAGCAGAUUGGAGAGGCUCAAGAGAAGGGAAGAUUAGACUAUGCUAAGGUGGCCGACACAGUCAUGGGAGCCACUCUACCUAUUGCUGAAACUCCUCCACCUGGCUGGAGUCUGGGCAAGGAUGGGAGCUGUGUAACCAACCUUGCGAGAAACAAUCAAAGCUGGCAAAGGUGUGACUUCAGCUAUUGACCUGUGUCGUUACCAUGGAAACAAGGCACUGGAGGCCCUGGAGAGCUUUCCUCCCUCGGAGGCCAGAUCUGCUUUAGAAAACAUUGUGUUUGCUGUGACCAGAUUUUCGUGACACCAAAUUAAAAAGACACUAUUGUUCGGUAGCUGCAAAAACUGGGGAACGAGGUGAUUGAGAGAGAGUGAGAGAGAGCGCGAGCUUUCAUACUGAAAUAUUGGAAUGUGUUAAUGACUUUAAAAACCUAAUACAUUUUUUUUCCUUCCUCUUAUCACAUCGCUAAAAGAAUACUGCCUUCUUUUUGGAACUGCUACAAACAAAAUUAGAAGAAAAAAAAAGGUCAAGCAGUUUUCACUUGUCACGCCAGAAGCACACUUGAGGCUGCAGUAGCAGAAAUAAUUAAUGAGAUUCGCUCCUGUGACCUCAGCAAAUGGACAGGAAAUAAGUCCUUAUUGAUUGGACCGAGCCAGGGAUGGCGCCAGGGCGGUGGCCUGUGGUUUUCCUUCUAGAGAGGACAGAGCAUGCUGGAAGCUGCAGGUGUCAAGAGGAACACAUCAGUGCCAGCCAGGGAGGACUGUCAAAUCAAAAACUAGUGACCAAUUUGUCAUAAUGGAGGGUAGUUUUGAUGAUUACGGGAAAAAAUUGUGCUUUGUUUUGCAAUUAUGUCUCUGUAUUUAUAGGUACAGUAUGAAUAUACUUUGCGCUUCAUCGUUUUUUGUAAGAUUUUUUUUUUUUUAGGAAAAAUUGCUGAAAAAAUAAUGCCAAAUAUUUGAAGUAGAAGAUUAAAAUGUUAUCAAAUGUUAACUUGGUUGUAGUAGGAAUGGCUUGUUUUUCUUUCUAGAAGACAAAUGUUUUUCAAACACAUUUCAAAGAACCAAACUUUUUUAUUUUUUUUUUUAAGCCAAACAAGAUGCUUCUUUUCAAGUCCAAUGCAUUCAUUUGUCAUACUUUGGUGUAGAGAAUACCUUUAACUUUUACGAGUGUCACGUGCAAAACUGUUGUUCUGGGGAAUAAACUGGUGAUUUUUUUUUUUAAUUCAGAAUGUCAAAUUUUGAUCUUGAACCACAGACAUCCAAUUACAGAAAGAAUAUAAGCAAUCUCACAGGCCUGCAAUCAGACACUGUCUCUCUGUGGUUCAUAGGAGAUGAUUUUUGUGGUUUGCAUGCAUGCAAUAUGAGAACACCGUUGACAAGAAGGCUGAGUUUACAUAAAUGAUCUAGAUUGAGACUCAGCUACCUUUCUUCCUUAUGUGGUGUAAUUACAGCCCUAUCUGGAGACAGUGAACACAGCAAACAGAUUUUAUUACCCCCUUCACUCAAACACUAAGUGAAGUUAUUUUAGUUAAAUUCCUUCCCCCCAAAGUUACGAAACCAUUUUAUCAGGACCCAGCAUGUGGCAUUCAAUGAAGAGAAAACGUGAGCUUCAGAGGCUUAAGGUAUUGUAUUAUGAAAUAUUUUUAAUAUACUUUAAAUAUUAUGAUUGUACAGUUUAUACCAUGACAAUUUGAAGGCCUGUAGAUUUAGCUUAAGAGAACACUUUUCUGUUUGAAAUGGUCUUUUCUCACAGACAUUGGCUUAAUUAGUAACUUUGGUUAGAUGCUUGAGAUCAGACUGGGUUUUAAUCAUUAACUUCCACAAAGGAGGAGUCGUGCCUUGUGUUCUCUAGACGUGCAGGAACUCACCCCACGCUGUAGGUUUUAUGAAGCAGAUGGAGGAGUACUAUAAGGCAGGGUCCUAGGCUGCUUCGAAUUCUGGUUUAGUAGCUGGUUUGCUGUGUGACCUGGAGCAAGUCACUCCCCUCAGAGCCUCCAUCUCCUCAUCUGUUAAAUAAAUGAGAGAAUGUCUGAA